AUGAGAAAUAGGCAGUCGUGGGACCAGCGAUCGCCCCUUCAACUCCCUGAUACCGUCGCUGACGCCGCCAGAAGGCAUUCGCCCACGCCUUUCUCCCCGCCCACGCCGCGCCCUGUUCGCCCUCUUCCCCCACUGCAUCCGGGGAGACGGCCACUGUCUAACAGAGUUGCCUCGCACCCCGCUACUCGGCCGCCACCGAUCUCUACGGCAGUGGCAGUACCGGAAGGGGCACAUGCCCAACCCGUGCUGAAUGCCAGUGCAGAUGUGGAUACGUUCAGCCCGCCGGAGCUUCUCUACAAACCGGCGCAGAUCGCGGAACUAGCGCCGACUCUUCAGAAAAGAAAGAUGUCGGUUGGGAAGCGCAAACCGAACCUUUCUUCAAAGCAGACGCCGCGAAAACCAGACGCGCGAAAACGUAAGGAGGUCGCUGUUCGAAACCUGUCGAAGCCUUUCUCAGCAAGCGGCGACCUGGAUGGACAAAAGAAAUGUUUAUCUCCGACGCCUGUUCAUGGAAAGAGUCUGCAAGCCCUCCAACCUGAGCGCAAGGAUGGCUACAAGCAGGCGUCGAGAGCAAAGAUUUCGUCGACAACACGGAGAAAGAACAAGGCUGAUACAGAAUUUGAAGUCGGCGAAUCCCCGGCAGACACAAAACCCUUGCAAAGCCCCAUUGUGCAGCUACAGCCCGAAAUGCGCUCCAGUAAACGACCGCGCCUCCGAAGAUCACGGGCAUCUCCACCUACAACGGAAGGAGUGAUGAAUGCGAGUCAGGUUUCUCCUUCAUUAUCAUCGUCCUCCAGGCUGGGUUCUCCCGAGGUGAUCGUGGUGCCAUCAGGAGAAGAGCGCCGGAGCGGGGAGAUGGCGGCAGACCCGAUUCGCGUCCAAGGGGGGAUAAAUUUGAACAGGCGGGUUCCAUCUUCUCAUCUAAACUCGCAGGCAGGUGAAGAACAACAAUUGUCAUGGGUGGCGCAUAAGGAGCAGAGCGGGACAGCAGGUCCACCCGGUAAAGCAAAGGAGGGAAGGCUGUCGAACAAUGAGUCUAGUGAUGACCUGAAAGGAAUCAAUCGGUCGUCAAACGGUGAGUCUAGUGGUGACCUGGAAGCAAUUAAUCGAAAACGGAAAUCGUCUACGUCUUCUUUGGAAGAGCUUGCCGCUCAAUCAGUUGACAAGGGAGGGGAAAGGUUGUCCAGCAAGGACUCAGAGGACAAUGCGCAAUCCCAUGAGAACGUUUUCCCGCGUCCCAUCAAGGUGGCAACCGCACGUGGACGAAAAAGCACAUCAAGGAGCCGUAAACCUAGUGAAGGGACUGACGAUUCCAUCCCAGUCUCCAAGACUAAGGAAAGUAGCUCUUCAAGUACUGCAAAGGCGAACGAAGGAGCACCAUGGCUUCUCGAAAACGCAAAAAAUGCUCUGGAUCGACCAGCACAGGUUAGCAGAAAAGCACCCAGCGAGCUCCUGGACGGGUACAAUGACCCGAAGCGGCUUACCAGGCUUUUGGCGUCAUCCCUGGUGAUCGAAGAGGCACGUUGCGUUCCAAGACGGGAUCUAAACCGAUGUCGUCGGCUUGGUCCAUGCAAGACUGUCAGUCGUGCUUCGCAGAAGCACUCUUUGGUUCAUAAUGAGCGAAGACUUCGGUUCAAAGGAAUCUCGCGUCGCUUGCUUGAAGGGGCUAAGUCACAUGGGCAGGAAGAGAUCACAUUACAGAGGAAAGAAUGUUCAAGUGUACAGGACCCGAAUUCGAGGAGCAGUUCUCCAUCGAAGAAAGUCCGAACUUCAAAUGCUCUUUCUAAGAUGCAGUGCGCACAUGAUCGAUCCGUUCGAGACGUUUCCAUUCCGUCCCAACCUCUGGAAGUAUCUGCGGACGCGGGGAUCGAGAGCUCGGACGACCUAUUAGAAAUGUUUAUAGGAACAAUGUCCCCAUCGAAGCGAUUACACGAGAAGGAAAUGAUUGAUAUAGAUUCUUUCAUGCCCGAAUGCGAGAUUCAGGAGAAAGAUGACAUAAGUUCGCCGCAAGGAAGAAAAACAAAUGGCCCGGAUAGGCUUGUCGAGAAGGAGAAGAAUGUUUGCUCUGUUCUGCAGCCUUCCUCCAUCAUAGCCGCUCAACAGAGCGGCCCUGUUGACUCUUCAAAAGGCCACGGCGCUGUUCCCCACGUGCAGGAUCCAUUGUCGCUUUCAAUCUCAGCGAAGGUACGAAAUGAGAGCAUCUCCGCUACCCAGCAACCAUCGAUUGCAAAUGCUACCGAGAGAGAAGCACAAUACGCAGUAGGGGGCAAUCAUCCAAGAGCCCCUGGUGCUACAGGAGUAGGUGAGGUGGGACAAGAGACAACACCUGACAAUCAGCUGGCAAUAUCCCAACGACAAACACCAGCAAUCGCUCCAAUUUCUAGUACGCGCCAGGAGAAAUGCACAAACCAUAACAGUAGACUAGGGGGCGACUUGCAUGGCUGUGCAUCGACAGUAAAGGCCUCUACUGACAGAGAGCCCUCAGACCAAGGGGUCCAAUCAUCAAUUGUGCGAGAGUCGCAUGGCUUUAAAGUAUCAAAAGAAAGAUCUGUUUUUGCGAUAGGCGACGUAUUGCAAAGGGCGAGCCUGUUACCAGAAGCAGCGGUUCCAGACGUGUGUUGGGACCACAGUGCUCUCAGUAAACUCCGAGAUAUCAUGGGCUUGUUGGGAAUUGAAGUAGAGAUGGAUCAAAACUCAAUUGGGAAGCCGAAGGUAACAAUUUGCCCCGUACUCUUGUCGCAAGGGGAGCAAUUAAGUGAUUUCCCUGGUAUACAGAGGCCUAGACAAGCUCCUAGCCUGGACCAAAUGGGCACGCACCCGCCAGCUGGCGAUGGAAAUGAAACCAGUCAAGAGAGCAGCCGUCGGCUACUGAAUACUCUUCAUUCCGUCGCGAUGUUACAACGCUAAAGCAACUGAUGCUGGGGCGGUUUGACUGCUUUAUCUGAAUCGAAACCCCCUCUUUCCACGGGAGGGAGCAAUGGUCAAGCCACACACGGGCUGCAAUGAUCCAUAUUUACUGCCGCGAGCACAAACUGUAGUCAAACGGCAGUAGCAAAGCGGCGUGCAUCUUAAGUUGCAAAGCUUUCGCAAGCGUGACUGAACGAUGUGUAUAUAUACAGUUUCAGGGCAGUUGAGUACCUCGCAAGGAGUGCUCUAACAAUGCUCUCUGUUUGUGCAUUAUUCUUGUAUACUUAUAAGACUUUACGGUGUCCUGCGUCUAGGAAAUUGAAGUAGAGUUUGGAUGGCAAGAAAUCGGAAUCUCGCGACAAAAAGUUGCCCCUGUAUGAUGAGACCUUUCCUAGUUCAUCUAUUUGUAACGUAAAUGCCACCAAUUUGCA